AUGACUUUUUUUUUUUUGGCGGCGCCAGAGCGAAACUUCUUCGACCACAACAACAUCGACAACGCCAAACCUCAAACCUCAACCUCAACCUCAAACCUCCAACGUCAACUUCACCCAUCGGCCACUCGAGCAGACGACCGGAGCCAGAGCCAGCGCCAGGCAGACAGCCAGCCAGCCAGCCAGCCAGCCCGAGCCGACCACAAGCUCAACGGUUCUCGCCGUGCGUACAGUACCAGGGGCCCUUCGUUCGCAAAAGCAAAUAAGCCCACACCGUCGCGCAAAAAAGCAAAGAAGAAGGGAAAAAAGAAGGAAGAAAAGCCCAGAGAAGACGCUUCUAUUUUGUCUUUUUCCUCGACUGGCAUCCAUCGCUCGAUCACCGUCGCCUCUCGAGCCCUGCUCCCGCUCCUCUCGCUCCUCGCUGUCCCUCUGCUGUGCCCUUUUGGAUGA